AUGGCGAGUUCUUCGGAUAGGGAUGCCAAUGGCGGAGGAAGAAGUCAGAGGUCGAGCUCGAGCUCGAGUUCGAGUACCGAGUCUAGCUCGUUUCUUUCUCGGAGCCAAACUUAUGCUCUGUUGAAGCAGCAAAUGGAAGUGGCGGCAAAAUCUGAGGACUAUGAAGAGGCUGCGAGGAUUCGCGACUUGUUGAAGUUAUUCGAAGAAGAGGAGUCGGUUUUGCGACUAAGAAGGUUGAUUAAGGAGGCAGUUGCAGAUGAAAGGUUCGAGGAUGCAGCUAACUAUCGCGAUGAGCUGAGAGAAAUUGCACCCCACUCUCUUUUGAAAUGCUCAAGUGAUGCAACAACCUUGGGAAUCAGGGUUCAAGUGAGGUGUGUGUAUAUUGAGGGUCAGAGUCAGCCUUCAAAGGGUCGCUAUUUCUUUGCAUACAGAAUACGAAUUACCAAUAACUCAGAACGCCCUGUCCAACUUCUUAGAAGACAUUGGAUUAUAACCGAUGCCCAUGGAAAAAUUGAGAAUGUCUGCUUCUAUUUUCAAGUUAAUCAAAUUCUCUACACCCUUUGA